UAGCUAGUUAACUUUUAGUUCCGUUCGAUACAUAUCGUUUAAAAUUAGUCUUGUAGCUUGUAGAUUUAUCGAAACCAGCAGCAUGCACAAAACCAAACGCAAAGCCCAACCUCCGCCGGAGCCGGAUGAUAGUGGUUCCGAUUACGAUGUGGAACGCUCCUUUGUACCAGCGGUAUCGAAGAAGACAGUGGAGGAGGAGUUUCCGCUGCCAAAACAGGUACGCAAAAGUACUGCCAAACGUGGCCGCGAUAUCUCUGACGAGGAGAGCAGCGGCAGCAGUGACGAAAGUGGGGACGAUGGUGACCCAAAUUUGCCGACAUUGACCAAAUCGCAACUGGCGGAGAUACUGCAAACCAUUAAAAGCAACAAGCGGCUGGUGUUGAAUGUUUCCAAUGUGAACUUCUCAACCUCGAAGGAAGAAAUUGAAGAACACUUUCGGAAGGCUGGCAGAGUCAAGAGCGUACGCGUUCCAAAACGCCGAGCAUCCGGGUUUGCUUUCGUCGAAAUGUUGGAUCCUGAGGGAUUUCAGAAAGCCUUCUUGCUGGAUGGUAGCUUUCUGGAUGGACGACAGAUACGAGUUCGUCUCUCGGAGAGCGGUAAAAAGAAAUCACAUCAAAAAAUUUUAUUGCUGGAGAAGAAAAACGCAGAAAUUCGGAAACUGAGGAAAAAGAAUCGAGCGAAACCGGAAGCUACUGAGAUAACACUAGUACCUAAGGUUGAACCCAAAGUGGUGGAGCGAGAUCCGAUUCUGGACAAGAAGAAAACUAAACCACCUACGAAGAAGCAAAUGAAGGCCCACAACAAGCGGGUUUCUAUGAAGGCUAAGUUUAGGAAUUUAGCCCAAAAAGGAAUAAAGGUAUGA